GUGGUUAAAUAAGUAUAUUCAUCAUUCUUUAGUUGACGAUGUCAACUAUAAAGUCAACGGAUUCAGUGCUAGCAUGUGAUUCAGAGUGUAAGGUCGUUCAUUGAAAUAUUUAUAACUCGGUAACACAUAAGCAAGAGAAACUCAACAGACAAAUGCUUUAGAUAUUUUUUUUCGUUUCGUUUUGUUUGAGUUCUGAUUUUAUUCCAUCGUUGUAAAUACACAUCGAAGAAAGUGCAAUUUCAAAUCAACAUUAAUAAAAACAGCCAAAAUCUAAAUAUUUUCGGGGAUUUUUUUUUUCAAUUCUGCUAUUUCUUCGUUGACUAUCUGUCAAAUAGCUGUAUGAAAAGAGAGAGAGAGAGGAAGAGCGAAGGAGAACGAAUAAAGAGAGAGGAGCAAAAAUCCACAUUUUUCGUUCAUUCGGUUAAGUCAAUGUGAGAAUUGUUGUGUAAUUUUACGUGAGCGUUGCGCACACUUCGAAGAAAAAGAAGUAAAACGAAUUUCAAGAUUGCAGUUACUGAUUUCAAAUAAAUAAAAAUACCAAGUGAUUUUGAUGAUUUAAAUGGAAUUAGAUUUUAUUCACUUUUUUAAAUAACAUGAAUGAAAACUUUUCAACAUAAUUUACGUCAAGCGAUAGAAAUUAUCAUAGAUCUAAUAAAAUCGCAUAUAGUUUUUUUACUGUGCUUGCUAAAUAUUUAAAAUUAGUUAACCUUUUGUGACAUUGAAGCAUCUUUUACGGCUUUCAAAUAUAUGUGAUCAGAAAAAAUGCGAUUUCUGUGAUGAAAAAACAAUAGGACAAAUUUUAUGGACAGAAAAAAAUAUACAAAUACAUUGUGCAUCAGCUGAAUACUGGUACAGAAUCAUUGAUACGUGAUAACCCAAAUAUACCAACAGUUCAUUCAUUUUUAACACGAGCCUAGCAAAUAGGGAGCAGAUUUGAGAUCACAGAAUCCUAUGUGAUAACAUUCCGGUCAAACUAUUACUACAAAAAAAAAAAUCAACAACAACAAUCAAAAAUAUAUAUAAAGAAUAUUAAACCAAUUAAAUUAAAUUGAACGAGAAAGCGAACGAGAGAGACGCAUAAAAAUUAUCGUUAUCUAAAUAUCAUAAAGUCAAGUGUGUUUUGCAGUCACAUAGUUUUGGUUCGAGCACGAUCGUGAUAUAAAGCUACAAACCACAUAAAAAUAGAAACGUUCGUUAGCACAUAUUCGAAAUCAAAAACAUUGUCAAAUAUUUGUAAAUAGAAGUGCAGCUGCAAAUCUUCGUCACAAUUUCGUUCGCGCAGUACAAACGUGGUCUUUAAAACUAGAAUGACAAUGACGAAAAAAGAAGAAGAUGAUGACUUGUUGCCCGAUAAGGAUGCAGCCAAAGGCUUCUAUGCCAAAUAUGAACCCAAAGAAAUUCUCGGCAGAGGUAUCAGCUCAACGGUUCGAAGAUGCAUUGAAAAAGAGACAGGACGGGAGUUUGCAGCAAAAAUCAUUGAUUUAGGUGCUGACAGCGGUGAUGUUUCACCAUCACAAAUGCUUGAUUCGACACGGCAAGAAAUCGCUAUUUUGCGACAAGUCAUGGGUCAUCCUUAUAUAAUUGAAUUACAAGAUGUGUUCGAAUCUGAUGCCUUCAUUUUUCUCGUUUUUGAGCUGUGUCGAAAUGGUGAACUAUUCGAUUAUUUAACGUCGGUCGUAACCCUUUCUGAAAAGAAAACGAGAUACAUCAUGAGACAAAUCUUUGAAGGAGUCGAUUAUAUUCAUAGUUCGAACAUUGUUCAUAGGGAUUUAAAGCCGGAAAAUAUUUUGUUAGAUGAUAAUUUUAAUGUUAAAAUUACGGAUUUCGGUUUUGCCAAAAUCUUACCAGAUAAUGAGAAAUUGUUCGAUCUCUGCGGUACACCAGGAUAUUUGGCCCCCGAGACACUAAAAUGUAGUAUGUGGGAAAAAUCUCCCGGAUAUUCAAAAGAAGUUGAUAUAUGGGCAUGUGGAGUCAUAAUGUUCACCUUGCUUGUAGGUUGUCCGCCAUUUUGGCAUCGCAAGCAAAUGGUCAUGUUGCGAAAUAUUAUGGAGGGAAAAUAUAGUUUUACAUCUCCUGAAUGGGCCGAUAUUAGUGAGGACCCUAAAGAUCUCAUUAGAAAAUGUUUAGUUGUUGAGCCUGAAAAACGAAUUACAGUCAAAGAAGCUUUGGCACAUCCAUUCUUCACAACUACGCUAUUUGAACAAGAUAUUGGCCCACUCAAGAGGAGUUUGUCAGCUAAAUCAAGAAGAUUCAGUCGCAUAUCCGAAAUAGCACUGUUACGGCGUCAAAGUCAGUUUAAUGCUCGCAAAAAGUUCCAGUAUGCGAUAUUAUGUGUACGUGCAAUGGUACGAAUCAAGAGACUGCGGUACACCAUUGAACCACUGAGAAUGGAAGAUUCUCUCAAGGAUCCAUACCGUGUCAAAGUUCUUCGAAAGGUAAUCGAUGGCUGUGCAUUCCGAGUGUAUGGUCAUUGGGUGAAGAAAGGUGAAGGUCAAAACCGUGCAGCCUUAUUCGAAAAUACACCUCGUACGGAACUUCACACAUUGUACCUAGCCAAUCUUAGCCGAUAGAAUACAGCCGUUUAACUGUACAAUAGAUUUUUUAACGACUGAUCCUAGCGUGUAUUGACUUUAAUCAUACUAAAUUAUUAACUAGAAUAUUGUCUGUGUUAUGAAUAUGAGUUUUUUUGAAAAAAGAAACGAAACAAUUCGUUUUGCAAAUUUCCUGCAAAAUUAGAUAAGAAUCAACUAGCCAUGCUAGAACAAGUCAUGUAACAUUAGCGUAGAUUAAAAUCCAUCUAAAAUUGUUUCCGAUUUUAUUAGCACUGACAUGAACAAAAUCUUAAUGUAACUUUGAAAACAUUUUCGAAAUGGAAAUCGUUGAAUUUAUCGAUCUAAAUUCAAAUGAGAAGAAAAUAUUCAUUUAUUUGACUGGCGCGAUGUCGGAAAUUGUUUAAAGACCAAAAAAUUCAGUGAAAAGAAAUACGAAUCUAAGUUUAGUAAAUUAACAUAAGUUUUCAAAUGACCCAAUCAACAACAUCAAUUUGUAACUUUUGACAAAACUUUUUCGAACAAAACACUCACACACACUCGCAUAUAUAAUUUAUUUCAAAGACUUGAUAAUUAUUUAUAUUCCGAUCUGCACGGGAUAUAAAUGCUGAAGUCGAUUUUUGUUGAACAUUUAACUUUGUUAUUUAUAUAGAUAAAUGAACCAAUAAAUGGAAUUUAUUUAUGUUUUUUGAAACGAA